UAUAAAGAACAAAGUCUAGUGAUAGAAAACUAAGGUUAUGUAUGAUAUGAAAGCUUUGUGUGUAUGUACAUGGUAAUGUCCUUGAUUUCCUCUCAACAAUUCCGUGUUACUGAGAAUAGAAAAGCAGCAGAGUAAUAAAAGCAUCCAAGCCUCCACUUAGAGAGAGACACAUUUGUUUUCAACACAAAAAGUGGUCAUUACGUAACACAAAGAGAGAAAAAAGAGAGAGAGAAAUUCAAGAUGAAAGAAACAGAGUGUUUUCACUGAAACAUUCACUGCUUCUGAACCAAAAUUCAAUCUUUCUUUCUGGGUUUUCUUCAAAAUUGGAUCUUCACAUGGCCAAGCCUGGGGUGUUGGAUUCUGAUCCGGAGGCGAAGAACAUCACUGAGUUGAAGAAGGAGUUGCAGAGGUUGGUGAGGUCCAUUGUUGAUGAUGAGGAUUGCAGUGCUGAGGCCAUUGAUCAAGCCAAGGAGACCCUUUCUGUUCUCAGGGAUUUGAAGCUGAGGAAGAAAUCUUCACUGUCUUUGAAGCUUCAGAAGACUGUGGUUUUCCCAGAUGAAUUCAAGUGCCCAAUUUCCAAAGAAUUGAUGAAAGAUCCUGUCAUUGUGGCUUCUGGUCAGACAUAUGAUAGACCUUUCAUUCAAAAAUGGCUGAAUGCUGGUAAUCAGACUUGCCCUCAAACCAAUCAAGUCCUCGCACACACACUCCUUAUUCCAAAUCACCUUGUGAGGGAAAUGAUAGAACAAUGGUCUAAAAAGCAAGGGCUUGAAUCACCCAACACUGUUCCUUAUAUUAAUGAGGAAGCCAUCAAAGAAGCUGACAGUGACCAUUUUCUUUGUUUGCUUGAGAAAAUGUCUUCAACACUAUCUGAUCAGAAAGCAGCUGCGAAAGAACUUCGCUUGUUGACAAAGAAGCAUCCUUGUUACCGGGCACUUUUUGCUGAUACUGAAGAUGGCAUCCCCCAAUUGCUUAAACCAAUUUGCGAAAGCAAUUCUCUCGAUAGCGAUCUCCGAGAAGAUGUAAUCACAACACUCCUCAAUAUCUCAAUUCAUGAUAGUAACAAAAAACCAGUAGCUGAAACUCCAAUGGUCAUUCCACUUCUUAUGAAAGCAUUGAGAACCGGAACAAUUGAAACAAGAAGCAAUGCUGCAGCAGCAAUUUUCACUCUGUCAGCUCUUGACUCAAACAAGGAACUGAUCGGAAAAUCUGAUGCCUUGAAGCCGUUAAUUGAGCUUUUGGAAGAAGGGCAUCCCUUAACCAUGAAGGAUGUUUCUUCAGCAAUUUUUUCUAUAUGUCUCAUUCAUGAGAACAGGGCAAGAGCAGUGAAGGAUGGAGCAGUGAGGGUGAUUUUGACAAAGGUAAAGAACCGGAUUCAUGUGGCUGAAUCACUAGCUAUCCUCGCACUGCUUUCAACUCACCACACAGCUGUUCAAGACAUGGGAGAGCUUGGAGCUGUUCCUAGCUUGCUAAGCAUCAUGAGAGAGGGCUCGUGUGAACGCAGCAAGGAGAAUUGUGUAGCAAUCCUUCAAGCUAUUUGUCUCUAUGAUAGAUCUAAGUUGAAAGAAGUAAGGGAUGAAGAGAACAGCCACAGAACAAUCUCUGAACUUGCAAGGACUGGAACAUCAAGAGCCAAGAGGAAAGCUACUGGAAUUCUUGACAGACUGAACAAGAUUGUUAAUAUCACACACACUGCAUAAUGUGGCUUGGUUCCUCUCACAAGCUCACAAGCUACGUUACAUGAUACAUUCUGCACCUUUUACUAGAUCUUCAAAUUGUUGAAAGUUAGUCAGCAAUUAUGUCCCAUCACCAAUUUUGUACAUUCUUGCCUCAACAAAGUCAUUCUCAUGUUCAUCAGUUAGUCUGAAUAAAGUGUAGUCAUCUGCUUUUUGUCUAUAAAUUGUUGAAAACUUCUACAAUGUUCUCCAAGUAUAUUAUAUGAGCUUAAACACUGUAGUAAGGUUGAUCUCA